AAGCCUGUUUCGGAGCAAGCACACACACACUUUGUGUGGUUAGCUGACGUUGUCGAUCAUGGAUGCACCCCAGGUGAGGUCCAUCAUCAUUGACCAGGGAGCCGAUGACUCGCUGCACCGCGCGGAGCGAGCGUUGCAAUGGAUUCUGUCCGAGGGGCAGGGCGUGUUGUUGGUCUUUGUGGUCGUGUACGGCGAUGGCUCAGAUGCGGAUGGGGAGUGGCUGAAGUUGACCAGGGGCCUUCUGAGCCUUGAGCAGCCGGUCUAUGGCAUUGCCAUCGGCGCCAUGAGCGACGCGAGCUUGGCACUUCUGGAGGCCUGUGAUUGCGUCUUCUCCAGCCUCCCGCAGCCCACGGCCUGCCGCCUGCUGCAUCCCGUGGAGAUCGCGACCGUGUGCGAGAUUAUCGGCACAGAGACAUCCGGCAUGGGCUUCCAGGAGAUCAAGGUGGUGAAGGAGCGCUUGCGCCUGCGGAAGCUCAGAACCCGGUUUCCAGCUCUGGCGAAAGACGAGCCCGCCCGGGCCGAAGGCUUGGAGCGUCGCCUCAUUUUUUUGUAGGGGAUCGAGUCUUCUCAGAGCGCGAACAUUGGCAUCAUUCCCCCCAUUUGGCGUUUGUCAUAUCCGCCACUUAGCCAUAUGUAGGUGGGAAUUGUGCCAACUUUCUCUGGUGUAAUUGUGGACUUUUAGUUGGCUUACUCUGUGAGCCUUUCAACUAAUCCUGAUUGACAAUUGGACACCGGUGCCCCGCUUGGUAUGGAGUUCCUCGCUGCCUUUCUUAGGCCGGCGCCGGUAGACGUGUCAAGGGUGACAUUAGCCACAGCACAACUACGUGCGCUUGGCAUAAGUCCUCUGAGGUUUCCAAUGGGCGCCUUGGAAUGAUGCCUGAUGGCUAAUGUGGGGAAAUUUAGUCCGUCCGGCUCCAAUCCAAAGCGCCAAGUGGGUAACUUCACUGCGAGUUCAAUCUUUUUGGGCAAGCUGCCCUUUUUUGCGCACCGUUUUUCCUCAAGCAAGAUGCAGAGGCAGCACUGCCACUCGCCACACUGGCAGAGGGCACUUUUUUGCGGCGCCCAAAACUCCAUGAGCCAUUCUGGCG